AAUUAUUAUUAUUAUUAUUGUCGUAUGCAUUUGCCUCCAUAUAUUUUAAUAAGGAUAUGUAUUAUAUACAUUUUAGCACCCGCAACACUUUCAACUCAUUUAUCUGAUGUGAGUCCUCUCCUCGGCAAGUGCAGUGUCGAUCUCGGAAUCAUGAAAAUUUAACGGGAACCGGCCAAACAAUCUCGUAUCGUCAUCCUGUAGCGCUCUCUACCUGCCGUGUCCAGGAUUAAUUCGUGCGAUCGCGGCCGCGGAGGGUCCUGGACCUCCGAGGACCCGUGAGAACCCGACGGUGGACGGGAGGAAACGCGGAGAACGCGUCCGCUCACCGUUGCGGAAGGUGUGUCUCGGUUGCGUCGUAAUCGUGCGGCGGCCAGAUUUCGGUUUCACUCCGAGACAGUUCUCUUUCUCUCUCUCUUCGGCACCGCAUCCUUCCGCGUAAAUUUCCAUAUAUCCUCGGAGUAACAUACACACAUAUAUAAGGCCGCGGCGAGAAAUCAGACGCGCGCAUUCCACAGGAGGCGGGUGUUCGCGCGUGGUCGCCGCGCUGGAGAUGUGAGAGAUUCCGGAACGGGGUACGCGAGUAAAAUCGCAGAAUGGCUUUCCUGUGCCCCGUGCGCAUACGUCGCGGAAAGAAGAAGAAACCCGGAACAUACAACUUUAAUUUGGAAAAAGACUGUGGGACUGGAGGCACAGGACUUGGAAACUUGGGUACCAGAGUGCCAAUGCCUCCUGGUCGGAUAACUGGAAGCGCGAGCAUUGAAACACUUGUAAGGGUUGGCAUUGAAAAGGAGAAUGGACUUUCUCCGGACAGUAAAAUGGUCAUUGUGCAUGACUUUACCCCCUGCGUGGAUGAUGAACUUCAAGUCAAAAGGGGCCAGAUAGUGAAUGUACUUUACAGAGAAAACGAUUGGGUAUACGUGAUAGCGGCGGAUACGCGUAUGGAAGGCUUUGUGCCACACUCUUAUUGCGCACCGUACACAUCACAACUAGCGGAAUUGACGCUGGCUAACCUGAACAAUGUGAAGAAGAAGCUACCGCGAUCCAGCGAAAAUGAUUGUGAUCUUCUUAGCACGGGCCGCUUGCAAGAGACGCAGCAGACCGAUACCGGAUCGGCCUCAGAUUGCGAAAGCUACGCACGAAAUAAUAUCACCACUGCAGACGUCAAUGUCAAUCGUUCCAACAUCACGCAAUCCCAAAAUUCUAUACAAACUAUAUCGUCCCAGCCAGACAUACAUCCCUUCUUCAAGGAUCCAUCAGCUGGAAGGUACAUCGUUCUUUAUACGUUCGUUGCGCGAGACGAGAACGAUGUUAGCGUUGAAAGAGGCGAAUUCGUGACCGUGCUAAAUCGCGACGAUCCGGAUUGGUUCUGGGUGCUCCGACAUUGUGACGGCAACGAGGGUUUCGUACCGUCUGGUUUCGUCUAUCCCGGUCACGUUCUUCAUUCUUAUGCAUCGACCACCACAACGGCCGCCACUGCCACUACAAAUACAGCGUCUGCAGAGGCUCAUAGUCCAGGCAAAGGUACGGGAGGCGAAUCGUUGCAGCAAAAGGGAGUGCGAGAUUUUCGAGAUGACAAUGCCGGUACGGAAUUAGUGGUACUUUAUGAUUAUAAGGCGCAGGCGCCGGAUGAUCUGUCAGUGAAACGGGCCGAUUGGAUUUACGCGGAUCUUGGAAAUCAAAAUGUGGAAGGUUGGCUCUGGGCUUACGCGCCCAAGACCCGUAAAUAUGGUUUCAUUCCUAAAGCGUACGCGCGACCUCCUGCCAUGACUAGCUUAUGAUUCGAAUUGUUAGGGAAGAAAGAAAACUCGCCUUUAUUACUUUGAGCAAGUUCGCAAUAUCUUUGUACCGUCCAUUUAUGUAUCGCAUAUCGUCAAGUGUAUGUAAAGAGCGGGAUAACUAAUGUUUUAUUUAAAUAUUUACGAUUAAUUAUAUUAGAUUACUGACCCGAACAAUGCAAGAGAGAAAAUGAAUUUAGUUUAGUGGAUUAGGUUAAAAAAUUAAUAUUUUAAGAAAUAAACGAGAUUAUUUGUAAUA